AUGUGGAAGGUCGUUCUCGCUGCCGCCGUCGCCGGCGUCGCGGCCAACCUCUGCAAUACGUGCAAUGGCAACGGCGUCUGCAACACUGCAACUCGCCGCUGCUCGUGCUUUGCCGGGUUCACGGGACCACGCUGUGAAUACGUCGCGUGCCCGACCGGCAAUGCGUGGUGGGACUUUGCGUCGGCAGUCGACACGGCCCAUGCACCGGCAACGUGCUCCAACAUGGGUCUCUGCUCGUCGACAACCGGUGUCUGCGAUUGCAGCGCGGGCUUUACGGGCGCCGCUUGCGAAUUCAUGGCGUGCCCAGCGUGCCAGAGUGGCCACUGCAUCUCGAUGCGCGACGCCGCGGCCGCCAAUGACGGCAUCAACUUCUUCACGUCGACGUCCUACAGUCUAUGGGACGCCGACAAGAUCUUUGGGUGCCAAUGCAGUUACGGCUACACUGGCUACGAUUGCUCGCAGCGGACGUGUCCCGUGGGUGACGAUCCGCUCACUACAGGCCAGUCGCCCGAGGUGCAGCUGCUCAACUGCCUCUGCAACGGGUGCACCGGGUACUUUGCGCUGUACUACGAAGGCUUCUUGACGGCCAAUAUCGCACCGUCGGCGACGGCGACACAGCUGACCAACGCGCUACUGGCGCUGACAUCGAUUCACGGAAUCGCUGUCACACUUUCCUCAGGCACCACCGUGUGCUCGACGACGGGGACGACGGCAUCGAUCACAUUUACCAACAACGGCGGAGACCUGCCGCUGAUCCAGAUCCGCAGUGUCUUGUCUGGCACAAACACGAUUACGCUCAGCUCCAAGGGCGCUGUCGGAACGUACGGCGGAACGUCAGCUGCGGGCACCACCGAGGGUCUCCCGUGCUCGGGGCGUGGGGACUGCAACCCUUCGACUGGCAUCUGCACUUGUGUCCCGGGUUUACGAGCAGCUUUCAUAACAGGCGCCGGCAACCCAGGCAUAUUGGGCGACUGUGGCGCUGGCACGACGACCGCUUGCCCCACGGUCCUCGGAAAAGUGUGCAACAACCAAGGCUCGUGUGACGGCACCACGCAAUACCGCUGCGAGUGCAAUCCGCCGUACACCGGGGCAUAUUGCACCAACCUGCUCUGUCCCACGGGCGCGGCGUGGUUCGACGGUGCAUCGGCGACCAACACGGCCCACGCUGUCGCUCCGUGCUCGAAUCGGGGCAUAUGCAAUCCCUCAACAGGCACGUGCACAUGUCAAGCUGGCUUUACGGGCGCCGCCUGUGAUCUGCUCGCGUGUCCCGGGUCGCCCGCGUGCAGUGGUCAAGGGUCGUGCAAGACAAUGCAACAAUUGGCGGCGCUUUCAUCGUCCAACGGGGUGCUCAUCGGCGCCACGUACGGCAACACCCCAACUACGCCCCGACGUGGGACUACAACAAAAUCCGAGGUUGCUACUGCCAAAAGGUACUCGCUUGAAAGUUGUAUCCUCCGCUCAUGCGCAUAUGGCGACGAUCCGUACAUCUCGGGAACUGUCGACGAGCAACAACAAAUAUUGUGCACGGCUGACGGCGGCUUCUUCACGCUGUCUUUUCGGCAGCAUACAACAAGCGCGAUAUCUGCAAGCGCAACGGCCGCCACCGUGCAGACAGCCCUGCAAGCUCUGGCAUCCAUCGUAUCGGCUACCGUGACUUUUGGUGGUGGUGCGACGACGGUUUGCAGUGCCACUGGCGUUGUUACGACGGUUCGAUUUACAUAUGCCCAAGGAAAUUUGCCGCUGCUAAUCGCGCCUGUCACCGACCUGACGCUGUCGACGGGGACACCGGCGAUUACUGUGACCGAGACAGUUGCGGGCACGAAAGCGAACCUCGAAUGCUCGGGUCGUGGCACCUGCGAUCGGACGCUCGGGCGCUGCAACUGCUACGACUACUUUUUGAGCUCGGAUGGCUAUGGCAACGUGGGCACGCGCGGUGAUUGCGGGUACUUGACGCCGUACAGCACCCUCUCGACAACGAUCACGACCAUCACGACAACGACGACAACGACCUCAACCGUGUAGUACGUGGCAUUAUACGAACGACGUAAGCACGAGCCGUUGACAAUCCAAACGAUGUGUUCCCAGUGGCGGGAGUGGGA